GUUGAAGAAAUGGUGAGCAAAAUUCCAUACUUCACCGCUAUAACCACCUACUUCAGCUGUGCCAUGCUCUUCGCCUUUGGCAAACUUCGUGAUACCUUCUCAAAAAUCUUCGUUAAUUGGUGGCAUUCCACUAAUCUUCAGGGAUAUGCACCCAUCAGCGAAGGACAUGAACAUUUCAUUAUGCAGUUGUAUGCUCGGAUUGAGGAUUGUUUUGAACGACCAAUAUGUAGUCCUCCGGAUGCUUGGUUUGAUGUGGUGCACCGUGUGGCCAAUGACAACAACAAAGUACUAAAGCGGACGAAAAAAGUUUCGAGGUGCCUGAACUUGGGAUCAUAUAAUUAUCUUGGUUUUGCUGCAUCUGAUGAAUAUUGUUCACCUCACAUAAUUGAGUGUUUGAAAACAUUUUCCGCAAGCACUUGUAGUACUCGUGUUGAUGGAGGCACCACAAUAUUACAUACUGAAUUAGAAGAGUAUGUUGCUAAAUUUGUUGGAAAACCAGCUGCUAUUGUUUUUGGCAUGGGUUAUGUAACAAACUCAGCCGUGCUUCCUGUCCUGAUAGGAGAGGGAGGUUUGAUUAUUAGUGAUUCUCUGAACCAUGGCUCUAUUAUCAACGGAGCUAGAGGAUCUGGAGCCUCCAUACGUGUUUUUCAACAUAACACACCGUCGCAUUUGGAGAAAGUUUUACGAGAGAAUAUUGCUGAGGGACAACCAAGAACUCAUAGCAGGUGGACUAAGAUAAUUGUUGUGGUGGAAGGCAUAUAUAGCAUGGAAGGGGAGCUUUGCAAGCUUUCAGAGAUUAUUGACAUAUGCAAGAAGUACAAGGCAUAUGUUUAUCUGGACGAGGCUCACAGCAUUGGGGCAGUCGGUAAAACAGGAAAGGGGGUAUGUGAGUUCUUGGGAGUUGAUAAUGCAAAUGUGGAUGUUAUGAUGGGAACUUUCACAAAGUCAUUUGGAUCCUGUGGGGGUUAUAUUGCGGGAUCCAAGGAACUUAUUGAAUAUUUGAAGCACACUUGCCCAGCACAUCUAUAUGGAAUAUCCAUAUCACCUCCAGCUGCCCAACAAAUAAUUUCUGCUAUUAAGGUUAUGCUUGGUGAAGAUGGUUCCAAUAGAGGAGCACAGAAAAUAGCGCGCCUACGUGACAAUUGCAACUUCUUCCGUUCUGAACUGCAGAAGAUGGGCUUCGAUGUUCUGGGAGACUAUGAUUCACCCGUGAUGCCCAUCAUGCUCUAUAAUAUUGCAAAACUACCUGCUUUUUCACGAGAGUGUCUUAAACAGAACGUAGCCGUUGUGGUAGUUGCUUUUCCAGCUACCCCUUUACUUUUGGCCAGAGCACGCUUAUGUAUUUCUGCUGCCCACUCAAGGGAAGAUCUCAUCAAAGCAUUAGAGGUUAUCAGCAGAGUUGGUGAUCUAGUGGGUAUUAAAUACUUGUCUGCUGAGCCCAAGAAAAAGCAGCUGCUGGAAGAAAACCAAGCUUAACAGUUGAUGCUUUGUGUUAUUGCUUUGAAAAAGACGGAAUUACUAAUUCUAAACUUAUGUAUUAAAGCUUUAAAGUGGACUACAACUUACGUUCUAAUUUUAGAAUGCAAAUAUUCUAAAUUAGUUAAUUAUUUGUUUGACAAAAAAACAAUCCAAUUUAAUCUAUAUAACUAAACUGACAAAUUUU